AUCACUUCUCAAAGGACCUUCUCUCAGAAAACCUUUCUAGGGUUAGGGUUUCUCUAAUCCCAAUCCAUCGUCUCUCAUUAGUCUCCUGUUGUACGGUAAGGGGUACAACCUUACCUAUUGUUUAUCGUCGUUGUUUUUCUUUACAGGGUUGGUUCUUAUACUCCGUCGUUUUUCUUUCAACUUCUUUUUAUCAAGAUUACAUAUUUCAAUCCAGUUAUCACUACAGUCUGUAGAGGUUUUUGGACUGGUAGGGCUCUAUCUAGUGCUCGGAUUUCUUUAUCUGGCAGUGGGUUAGGGUUAGGGUUCUUUUCGAUAUCUAUCAUCGCUUAGGGUUUUUCCGAAGAUGAUGCAACCUGCAACAGGCGUUGUUCCACCACCGAUGGUUCCUCCACAAAUGGAUCAACAGCACCAGCAGCAUCCGCAGCAACAACCACCGCCGCAACAGCAGUGGAUGAUGAUGCCACCACAGCAGCCUCUUCAGCCUCAACCCCCUCCAGUGUGGAACCAGCAGCCCCCUCAAGUGCAACAGCCGCAAGUGCCACCCCAGCAACCUCAGCCCCAAGCGCAGCAGCCGCAGCCGCAGCCACAGCAUCAGUAUCCACCUACACAACCCACAAGCGCAGACGAGGUCCGGACGCUUUGGAUCGGAGACUUGCAGUACUGGAUGGAGGAGAGCUAUAUCCACAGCUGUUUCGCUCACACGGGCGAGGUUGCUUCUGUGAAAGUGAUCCGCAAUAAACAAACCGGUCAAUCAGAGGGUUAUGGUUUCAUUGAGUUUGUAACUCGUCCUGCAGCUGAAAGGAUCUUACAAACGUACAAUGGCACACUAAUGCCCAAUGCUGAGCAAAACUUUAGGCUGAACUGGGCUUCUUUUGGUUUGGGUGAGAGGCGUCCAGAUGACAGCGCUGACUUUACAAUUUUUGUUGGUGAUCUAGCUUCUGAUGUCACGGACUACAUGUUACAAGAGACAUUCAGGAGUCACUACCCUUCUGUGAAGGGUGCGAAGGUUGUAACUGAUAGAACUACUGGACGUUCAAAGGGAUACGGGUUUGUUAGAUUUGGGGAUGAAAGUGAACAGAUACGUGCUAUGACUGAAAUGAAUGGAAUUUUCUGUUCAACACGGCCCAUGCGCAUUGGUCCUGCUACUACAAAGAAGAAUGUAGGUGGUCAGCAAUAUUCGAAAGGUAUGCACUUGACUUUUAUAUUGUUACUCUUGUUAUCAUUUUUUUUCAAUGUCUGCUUUUUAGUACUAAAAUGUAAAAUCAUUGUAGGGUAGAUGCUUAUUUCUUAU